UGGAAGAAAGGAAAUAAUGAAAAAAGAACUUGCUUUUUGGCUUACAGAAUAUAGAAAAGAUAUAUAUUUUAGCAGAGCUCAAUUUAUAUAGUAUAUGUGAACAGUCUAAGGACAAAUAAAGUUAAAAUUUAUAUAUUCUCUUCUGAGAACAGUCAGAAAUAAAUGUAGUUUUCAUUUCUUUAUCAUUUAAGCUACUCUCAAAAAAGAAAUCUGUUACAAGUAAGGGAAUAGAACUGGUCUAUAAUGUUAAUAAGUGGAGUUACUCAGCCUAUGAAAUAUAUAAUUUUAUAUAGAGAUUCAAAAUGAGCAAAAAUAUUCAGCAUUAGAAACGUGCCAUCAGCAUCUGGGGUCUCCUUUGGAAGAAUAUUGGCUUUCUUCAAGUCAUUUGAUAAACAACUUUUUCUCACAGUUUGUAAAAGAAUUUGAUUCAACUCAGUUUGCUCACACGUAUCAACUUUGGCAAUAAAUUUGCUUCUAAGAGUCAAGUUGUGUGUGAGAAAUGUUGCUUUAUAUUAUUGCCCUAGAUAGAGUUAAAAAUAACCUACAAAUAUAUUAUAAACCUUUGCAAUUUUACUGCCAAAAAGGGAGAUUCACGCAGUGGAGAAAUUGUUUAUAAAAUACAUUGCUACUGUUAAUUUUAUGAGAAUAUUCAUUUUGUAUAACCAAAACACUCUCUCUGAUGGGUGAUGUUUUUAACCUUCCUUUCUACACAUCAUUAGCUCCUGAGAGCUGAGAUUGAUUCAAUAAAUCUUUAUUUUCAAUUUGGAAUUUAGCACAUUUCCUAGGAUUUAAAUUUUGCACAUUUAAAUUCUGCUCUCGAGCACCCAAACAUUAGUUCUUCUUUCCAUUCUAGAAGUUCUUAGUUCCUCUUCUGGUCACACUAGAAAUGAACUAAAUGGAAGAAGCAAAUCAGUCCGUGGUAUCUGAGUUCAUUUUUCGUGGACUCUGUGAUUCAAGGGAGCUCCAGAAAUUCCUCUUACUGCCAUUUUCUGCACUCUACCUGCUGACCGUCCUGGGAAACCUUUUCGUCGUGCUCUUAAUCAUCGCUGACUCUCAUCUCCAUUCCCCAAUGUACUUCCUCUUAGCCAACCUCUCAUUUGUUGACUUCUGCCUUUCCUCAGUGACCACUCCUAAACUGACCACAGACUUCCUAAAGGAUAAUAAAACCAUCUCCUUUGGGGGCUGCAUGAGCCAAAUCCUCUGUGUACAUUUCUUUGGAGGGGGUGAGAUGGUACUGCUUGUGACAAUGGCCUAUGACCGUUAUGUAGCCAUCUGCAAGCCACUCCAUUACUCCAGCAUCAUGGACAGACAGAAGUGCAUCUGGCUAGUACUGACAUCAUGGAUCAUUGGCUUUGUGCAUGCCACAAGUCAACUAGCUAUGAUUUUAUAUCUUCCCUUCUGUGGACCCAGAAUAGUAGACAGUUUUUUCUGUGAUAUUCCUCUGGUGAUCAAACUAGCCUGCCUGGAUACUCAUACUCUGAGACUGUUGAUAAAUGCUGACAGUGCAGUCUUGGCUACAACUUGCUUCAUUCUCUUGCUGAUCUCUUACACCUACAUCCUGGUGACUGUCUGUCUUUGCUCCAAGGAUGGGGCAUCAAAGGCACUCUCUACCUGCACUUCCCACGUCACAGUGGUAGUGCUGUUCUUUGUACCCUGCAUCUUCAUCUAUCUGUGGCCACCUAGCAUCUCUUGGGUGGACAAGUUUCUUGCUGUAUUUUACACAGUAAUCACACCUCUCUUGAACCCAGCCAUUUAUACACUGAGAAAUAAAGAGAUUAAGAAUGCCAUAAAGAGACUGACAAGUUAGCACAUGGAUUCAAGGUGCAAUUUUUAGAUCUUUCAUGUAAUCAGCAAUUCCUCUGUGUGCUCCCCAAUUUAGACAUAUUUUGACCUGUUAACUGAACUGAAAAUAUGUUCAUAUCUAUAAGCUAUAAGCAGUUUCAGACAUAUGUUUUGUAUUUAUUCCAUUAAGAAUACAAAUUCAAAUUUCCAGUACUUAUAUUCUUAUCACUUGACGAGAGUAAAACUUUGCCUAUAUAUUCUUUUGUAUAUGAUAUAAAAUUACUAGAUGGUAAUAACAAUGAUAACAAGAACUAUUAAAAAUAAAUCUAUUUAUUAAAUACUACCUAUAUUCACAACACUAUGCUAAGCAUUUUACCUAACUUAUGUAUAUUUAAUACAUCACUUUGGUUUAGUUAUCAUUAUUCUCAUUUCUAGAAAUAUUUGAUUUACUCCUCCUAAAUGUAAACCAUCUUAGAAAGGUUAAGGAAGAUAUUUGAGUGGUCUGCUUCUACUUGGAAAACAAAAUACAAAUAAAUCAAACUACAAUACUUGUAUUCCACAGUAUAAUCCCUGUAAUUCAAGUUUUCAAGUGUCAAAUGUUGAUUUAAAAGUGAAGUUCCCUUGAAAAUUUUUCUUAAAUACACAAGCAAAUGGAUUUUCACUGAGUUGAAAAAUUAUUUCCUUUCUUAUAUUAAUAAAUGACUUUUAUUUAUUUAUUUUAACUUACAUUGAAGAAAUAUUAAGAAUGUGUUGCUUUAAAGCAAAAGAAAUUCAGAGUGAUGAGGUCAAAGUGAACCUUCAAUAAAGAAACAAUAAUAUUUUACAGAAAUCAGAAUACCUCCUACAAGUGAA